AUGUUCAGAAGUGUACUUCUUAGAGGUAGCGGGUUAGCUGCCUUUCGCGGUGUUUCUCGCUCUUUUACGAGUCGUUCUUUGUCAAAUUUGGUUCGUACAACAAAGGGAGGGCCAUCAGUAGGGUUGAAGAGAGUCAUUCCUGCAGUGAAUGUAUCCAGAUUCCAUACCAAUGCUAUCUUGAAACAGUCUACAAUUGCAUCCAAAGAAAAUGGUGAAUCUAGUGACUCUUCUGCAGGUGCUAAACCUUCCAGAAGCAAACCUUUGCUAAACUCUUCUAAAGUGGUUGGAUACUGGUUAGUUGGUACUUCUGCGCUUGUGUUCGGUAUUGUUGUUCUUGGUGGUCUGACCAGAUUAACCGAAUCAGGUUUGUCCAUUACGGAAUGGAAACCUGUUGCCGGUACUUUACCACCUUUGAAUCAAAAAGAAUGGGAAGAAGAGUUCACAAAGUAUAAGGAAUCUCCAGAAUUCAAGCAGUUGAACUCUCACAUCACUUUAGAUGAGUUCAAGUUUAUCUUCUUCAUGGAAUGGAUUCACAGACUCUGGGGUCGUGCUAUUGGUGCUGUUUUCAUCUUGCCUGCAGUGUACUUUGCUGUGUCCAGAAAGACAUCACCUCGUGUUAACAAGCGUCUCUUUGGGUUGGCCGCUUUGCUAGGUUUACAAGGAUUUAUCGGUUGGUGGAUGGUUAAGUCUGGUUUAGAUGAGGAGCAGUUGAAGGAAAGGAAGUCUAAGCCUACUGUGUCUCAAUACAGAUUGACUACUCACUUGGGGACUGCUUUCCUGCUUUACAUGGGUAUGAUGUGGACUGGUCUCGAAAUUUUGAGAGAAGCCAAAUGGGUAAAGAAGCCAUCUGAGGCUCUAGUUUUGUUCUCUAAGUUGGAUAACCCUAUGUUGACACCUUUGAGAAGAAGCGCUUUCGGUCUACUUGCUUUGACUUUCGUCACCGCAAUGUCCGGUGGUUUGGUUGCCGGGUUGGAUGCUGGUUUGAUCUACAACACUUUCCCAAAGAUGGGCGAGGAUUGGACUCCAAGUAAGCGUGAAUUGAUGGAUGAAAACUUUGCAAGAAAAGAAGACAAGUCGGAUUUGGUCUGGAGAAACAUGUUGGAGAAUCCAGCUACUGUUCAAUUGAACCAUAGAAUCCUUGCAAUUACCACUUUCUUCACCGUAUUUGCAUUCCACAUGUACUGCAACAAAAACAAGGCAAUCAUUCCAAAGAAUGUCGUACACACUGGCCAUGCCUUAAUGGGUCUUGUCACAUUGCAGGCAGCUUUGGGUAUCAGUACUUUGAUAUACCUAGUGCCAAUCCCACUUGCAUCUGCUCAUCAAGCCGGUGCGCUUGCUUUGUUGACCGGUGCUCUUGUGUUCGCCUCUCAAUUGAGAAAGCCAAGAGCCGCAAUAAAGAUCCUGACUGCGGGUCUUUACACUCAACAACAAAAGGCAGGCUCCAAGAUUCUCUCAGAAGCUUCUAAGCUUACCAAGUAG